AUGAUUGUUCAACCAGCACGUAUUAUAUCAAAACAACAUAAACAACCAAAUCGUGAAUGUCUCUAUGCUUGGUAUCCAGAAGUAGUAAAUGAUAUACCAAUGAAAUCACGUGAUAUUUAUAUAUAUAAUGGUCUUGAUAAAGAUUUAUUAGAACAAAAACCAUUAACAAAUGGAUUAACAAAUACUUAUAAUAAUAAUAAUAACAACAAUACAAGUUUUGAACUUGUUCAACGAUAUAAACAAAGUAUUGCAUCAAGUGAUCCAGCUUAUCAUUCAACAGAAACAAUUGAUGAAGCAUUAAAUCCACCUUGGGCUUUACAUUACGAAAUAAAACGACGACCAAUAACACCAAAUCUUUCAUUGAAUUCAACUGAUAUAUCAAUGCAUAAAGAAUCACCUCGUCGAUUGAAGAGUGCUCCAGUUACUCGUUCACUUCCUUCAACUACAAUUCUUACAAUUCCAGAACCACGUUUUAUAACUUCUUCUAUUCCAGUUCCAACAACUAAUUCAAUUCCAUCACCAAUACGAACUAAAACUCGUUCUUCAUCUGCUAAAGUACGUCUUAAUACAACUAUACCAAAUGAAUAUAAUCAAAAACAACAACAACAACAACAACGUCGUGAAAUAAAAUCAGCACAUAUAUCUCGUCAAAAAGUCGAUAGGAAAUUAUCUGAUGAAGAAGUUCAACAAAUUUUCAAACGUGUCUACGGAAAUAAUAUUGAACAAACACAAACACAAGAGGAACAACCAGUGCAAAUUAUAUAUACACAAACUCAAUCUCAACCACCUUCAUCUUCACCUGUUUAUAUUUAUCAAAAGUCAGCAAGUUGGUGUGCUGAUGAAGUUUCAUCAAUUCCUAUUCGUAAAUCUAUUGAAAUAAAUCCUAUUGUACUUAAUCCACAUCAUAUUCAUCGUCCAGCUCUUAUUGCUGUUAAAAAUAUUGAUAAAAAAUCUAUUGCCAGAGAAUGUUCAAUAACCAAAAAAUUAACUCAAUAUCAACGACGAUACCAUCCUGGUCAUGGAAAACGAAAUGAACCUUUACUUGCAUUCACACCAGUAUCACACAAAUCAAAAUUAUCACUUGAAAUUGAUGGUGUUAAAUUAAUAUAUGAUCCAAAAAUAACUUUUCAAGAUAAAUCACCUAAUAUUACAAAAUAUUUUAUUGAUGGACGAUUAUAUUUAAUUAAAGAUAAAUAUUAUAAUGUUUUAGAUAAUAUCGAUCUAUCAACAUUAGAAAAAUAUAAUCAAAAUUUAACUCUUCCUUCACAAACAAAAUAUUAUCAAACAAUUCCUAUGAAAAAAUUUCAAAUAUCACAACCAUUGCCAAAUUUCCAUGAGAAUAUAUCUGAAACCUCAUGUUCUAAUACAUCAUCAAAACAUGUACAUCAUUAUGUUAUUGAUCCAAAUUUAAUAUCAGAAAAUCUUAAUAUAAAUAAAAUGUCAUUAUCAAAACGACCACCAACAGCGACUAUUUAUGCUUAA